AUGACUCUGUGUUGUGUUUAUGGUUGUUCGUCAUAUUCUGGUAAAAAUGUACAAUUUUUCUCUUUCCCAAGAAAAGAUAAACAUCAUGGUACAUUUAAAAAGUGGGUAUCUUUUUGUAAAAGAAAGAAUUUUGUACCUUCUUCAGGUACCAGAAUAUGUUCUAAACAUUUUAGAACUGAAGAUAUGAAUCAAUCUGAUUUGCUCCGAAAACAGUUGAUGCCAAAUGAAAAUAUUCGAAUACGUUUAAAUGUUGAUGCUGUUCCUACUGUACGUUUUGACGACGAGAAAAUUACGCCGAAAACUGUAAGAAGACAAUUACUGAGAACCAGUACACCAAAAAAAGUAAAACUACAACCAUCAACAUCAACUAAUAUUAUAUGUAUGAAUAAUUGUCAAGAACAAAAUAGUGAAGAGUAUCUGAUUAAUUCAAAUGUCGAAAAUAAGAACGAUAAAGGUAUACAGUGUGAUAUGGAUAAUGAAACAAAUACUGAUGCUACCGAAUCAUUCGAUUUUCCAUCUGAUAUUAGCUCUACAGAUGACGAAUCAGAAACAACUUAUGGAGAAGAUGAAGAGCAGCUCGAUUAUCUUAGCGCUAAAACACAUUCACUAGAAAAGGUAGAUAGUAAUGCAAGUUUUAUAGUUUUUUGGGAUUGUUUAUCUGAACUGUUUAUUCAUUGUCGUCAAUGUAGCAGUAAAAUAAUAUCAAAAACAUAUUUUACGCAAGGUGCUUUACUGUCUAUUACGACAGUCUGUAAUAAAGGUCAUAAAUUACAAUGGUCAUCGCAAAAAAAAAUAGGACGUCGUCCUCAAGGUAAUAUUUUAAUCGGUUCAGCACUUAUGUUAUCGGGUGUACUUUUUACCCAAAUGACGGCAUUUUGUCAGUCGCUUAACUUGUCUUUUUUUUCUCGGCCAGUUUAUGACAAUAUAAUAAAAUAUUAUACGGGCCGGGUUAUUUGCGAAGUUUGGGAUGACCAUCGAAAAAAAAACUUAGAAUUACUAAAAAAUUCUGAUAUUUGGUUAUCGGGUGAUGGACAGUUUGAUUCGCCUGGAUUUUGCGCAAAAUAUUGUACAUAUUCAAUUAUGGAUCUACACACCAGUAAAAUAAUUGAUUUUAAGCUCGUACAAAAAGGUAUGUUUCAAGGUGAUCUCGAAAGAAAAGCGUGUGAAUUAUUAUUAGAAAAUUUAACUAAAGAAGAAAAUAUGAAAAUAAAAUUAUUUUUAUCCGAUAGGCAUAAAGGUAUACGGUAUUAUUUACGAACACAGCACCCUGAGAUUGAACAUGAGUUUGAUAUAUGGCACUUAACAAAAAGUUUAAUGAAGAGAUUAAAAACAUUAGAAAAGAAACAUCCAGAUGUUUUUCUAUGGAAAUCUAGUAUUAACAACCAUUUAUGGUGGUCGGCGCAAACUUGCCAAGGAAAUGGUAAAAUAUUGGUUGAAAAAUUUUUAUCAGUUUUACAUCAUAUUAGUAAUGAACACGAAUGGGAAACGAGUGGUGAAAUAAAACGAUGUGAACAUGAGUCAAUAUCAGAAAAAGAAUCAAAUGAAAAAUUAUGGAUUAACCCUCUGAGUGAAUCAUUUUUUGCGUUAAAAAAAAUUUUAACAGCGAAAGAUUUUAUAAAAGAUUUGGAACAGGCAAAACAUUUUGUUCAUACGGGUCGGUUAGAAUCUUACCACAAUGUACGACUAAAAUAUAUGCCGAAGCGCAUACAUUUAAAAUAUAAUGGUAUGUAUUUACGUUCCAUUUUAGCAAUACUAGAUCAUAAUUAUAACACAGGUAAAAACAUAAUUGGUGAUAAAAUGGUUUUUUCGAAAUCUCUUCGAAAAUACACAAUAAAAAAUACUUACGAACGAUCAAAGAUGGAUUGGCGGAAACAAAUUAUGAAUAAGAUUGAAGAAUUGUCAAAAGAAAAUAUCUUAGAACCUAUGAAUAUCUCUGAAAAUGUAUCUGUUCCACAAAAUAUCGUUCUUUUACCGAAACCAGAUUUAGUCGAAAUGCGUGAAAAAAAAUAUUCAAGAUUUUCUAAUAAAUAA